UCUUUCCCUUUGUCCUUUCCGCCCCGGGCUGCAGUCUUAGAUCUCCUGCAGCCACCGAAUUGCUUGGGGUCUGAGAAAGUAGGGAAGCGGGGGAGGGGGCCCAAAGCACAGGUCGCUAGCCAAAGGUCACCCACCUUUCCUGCGUGCCUACCUUCUCGGUUUGUUGUGGCUGGGGCGGGGAAGUCCAGUCUGCACGAUGUUUUGCUGGAAGGGCUUUUGACUUGGACUCGGAGGUUCCUUUUCCCACCAGCCCCCCCGGGCGAGCUUGAGACUCCACUUCAUUUCUGGGAAGCCAUGGACAAAAGGCAAGGAAAAAUCAAGAACAGGAAGGAUUUAAAAAUAUCAUGCGUCUCCAACAAGCCUCCUGUCUCCAAUCCAACACCUCCUAGGAACCUGGACUCUAGGACCUUCAUUACAAUUGGUGACAAGAACUUUGAAGUGGCAGCUGAUGAUUUAGUGUCCAUUUCAGAGCUGGGUCGAGGUGCCUAUGGGGUAGUGGAGAAAGUUCGACAUGCUCAGAGUGGAACCAUCAUGGCUGUCAAGCGGAUCCGAGCGACUGUGAACACUCAGGAACAGAAGCGGCUUCUCAUGGAUCUGGAUAUCUCCAUGAGGACCGUUGACUGCUUCUAUACCGUCACCUUCUAUGGAGCACUUUUCAGAGAGGGUGAUGUAUGGAUCUGUAUGGAAUUGAUGGACACCUCUCUGGACAAAUUUUACAAGAAGGUUCUGGAGAAGGAGAUGACCAUACCAGAGGAUAUUCUAGGCGAGAUAGCAGUGUCUAUUGUUCGAGCCCUGGAGCACUUACAUAGUAAACUUUCUGUGAUACACAGAGAUGUCAAGCCAUCCAAUGUUCUUAUCAACAAGCAAGGCCAUGUUAAAAUGUGUGACUUUGGCAUCAGUGGCUACUUGGUGGACUCAGUUGCCAAGACUAUGGAUGCUGGUUGCAAACCCUAUAUGGCGCCAGAGAGAAUCAACCCAGAACUGAACCAAAAAGGAUACAAUGUCAAGUCAGAUGUCUGGAGUCUGGGAAUCACUAUGAUUGAGAUGGCCAUUCUCCGGUUUCCAUAUGAGUCAUGGGGAACCCCAUUCCAACAGCUGAAACAGGUGGUAGAAGAACCUUCUCCCCAGCUUCCUGCUGACCGCUUCUCUCCUGAGUUUGUGGACUUCACAGCUCAGUGCUUGAGGAAGAAUCCCGCAGAGCGAAUGAGUUAUCUGCAGCUAAUGGAGCAUCCUUUCUUUACUUUGCACAAAACCAAAGAGACAGACAUCGCUGCCUUCGUGAAGGAGAUUCUGGGUGAGGACUCGUAGGAGAAGGACUUUACCACUCUUUGGAGCACCCUUUCCCCGUCUCCCUGGAAAACAGAAAUGAGGAAGAGCGUUCUCGGUGGUUUGCACAGAUCACGUAGUCCCCAGCCCUGUCCACCUCCAGCCCGGAGCACGGCGUUAGUGUAUUCUCGUGUCAUCCUGUGUAUCUUUGAGCUAACAGAGCUACCUAGCCAGCACCAUUGAAAUUCAAGGCCAAGGACAGUGUCAGGCCACUGCUCCCACAGAAACCCAUUUGACAUCGGGCGUGUGAAGUUUCUCCACCAGCAAGACUCUCAUCCCCAAGACUCCUGGGGGUUCAGAGACCAAUCCUUUGCUUGUCCAAGAGCUGAGGCCUGAGGAGUUAAGAUGUUGGGGUGAGGGUGUUUCUGAAGGAGGGAGGUGUUCGGUCCUUUAGGUCUUGCCAUGUGCCAUUUGUCCCAAGUGCCAAGGAAACUGAGCUAGUCAGCAGAGCUGCCCAGUGCUUUGAAUACAGUGAGUUUCUGGGACUACAA